AAACCGUCCAGUGAGGUGGAAUCUCGACGGUUGCGUGUGCUACGACUGCAUGUCGGAAGCUUUCAUUUCUAGGCUACAAAGUCGAAUGGUGAGAGUGUCACACCAUGCCGCACUUUGUACAGUUCUGCAGUUAUUCUUUGAGGACUGUGACUACCAAGUUACAGAGGGAUCUCGCUUGUCAAGGCCUCUUCGUGUGCACUACUAUGGACCAGUUCAAAACCCAUUUACACUCAUACUGAGAACAAUGUCAGUGAGCAGUGCAGAAAGUAUUGGUGUGGGAAACUUCAUUGGCUCUGACACAAUUUCAAAUUCUUCUAGAGCUACAGCAACUGCUGAUUUUACCGUGUCCACUAGAACUGUUACUGUUCCUGCCAAUCCAAACAUUGGGAUUCAAACAUUUCAAUUUCCUGAAUUCUUUCGUGUUGUUGAUGACAAUAUCAAUGAGAUGGACCAGAUCUUCGUUCUUGCUGUUGAGAUUGGAGCAGAUGUUUCAAUUGGAUCAGGGCUGUUUUCUGUUGGCUGCAGAAAGGACUGAAUGCUUUGGUCGUCAUGGAGCUACAAGAAUCAUUAUCAAAGACAAUGACCCUAUGAUCAUUGGAUUCACUCAGCGGAGCAGGACUGUCCCAGAGAGUAGUGGUGCUGCAACUGACUUAUACCCCAUUGACAUACAAGUGGCUUCCGUGAGAGUUUCUGAGAGGUUGCACGGAAUUACAAUCCGGCACAAUGAGCAGCUCUCAACUGCAGUUGUAGGACCAUUGAUUGGAGAAAAUAUUAUCUCUGAUGCUCUGUUUGGUCUCCGAAAUCUCCAUCGUGAUCCAUUGCAACUAUUGUUUGACCUCAAUCCAGGCCAAACCACACUUCAACGAGUAUCUGCUUUUAUUGUUCAGGACUUUCGAAUUGAGCCAGAGGAAUGCUUUACACUGCAAUUAUAUUUCUAUGCAACACCUGGUGCAAGAGAGCCACUAGUGACAUGUAAUGCUGGUGAUAGUUCAACUAAUUUCUUCUGUGAACAUACUGUCUGCAUUGAAGAUGAUGAUGAACUCUUUAUGGUUGGAUUUGUGCAAACAACAUACACUGUUCUGGAGAAUGCUGGCUCAGUGGAGGUUUGUGUCCAACUCACCCGUCCUGUGACUGACAUCCUUGAAGAAACUGUGCGGGUGUCAGUGGUUGAUUAUUCCAGCUCAGUCUAUAUUCCUGCAGGAGCUGCUCUUGCAACUCCAGAUUCUCCCAACUUUCUUGGCCUUUAUUCCAUGGCUCAAGGCACGGAUUAUGCACAGCAAACACGAGUGUAUAAUUCUAUCGAUGAUCAUCUUAUAAGU